AUGUCUGAUGACAGAAAAGAAGAAGAUGAGGAGGAAGAAGUCACCUGUCAGCCUCUUCCCCCUCCUCCAGCCUCUGUUGCCUUGGAGACAAUGAUGUCACUGAGGAGGCAGGACCUGGUGUGCAUUGUGUGUUUUGGAAGCUACGACCUGGCAAAGCGGCUGCCUAGGCGACUACACUGUGGCCACACCUUCUGCCAGGCGUGUCUGAAGAGACUGAACACAGUCAUCAACGAACAGGUGUGGAUCCCGUGUCCUCAGUGCCGACAGAACACGCCUUCACCCAGAGGAGGCGCCGCAGCUCUGGACCUGGACCUGGCCACCUUCCUGGGAGUGAAGGCCUGUACCUCCAGUCGCAGAGAGGGCCUGUCAGCAGCAGACGCAGCCCAGGACAGGAAGCUGUGGCUGGGGAAGGAGGCUGUGGAUGAUAGUUGGUCGCACGGAGGGCUGGCUGAGCCCCGCUUCCAUCACUAUGGCAACUGCUGUCCACCACUUUCCUAUUGGUUGUGCUGCUGGUUCUGUUGCCCAGGGCGGGGCUAA